UUCUCAGCGUCACAGAGGAUCUGGAGCCUAAUAAAGACUCUUACCCCAGCAGCAGCUCCAUGAGUGAACUGGCAAACUGCACUGUGCACAAAACUCUUCAGAGACGCUGACGUUCAGGACGACGGGGAAAAUGGUGGAGGAAUCCUUUCUAUGGCUUCUGAAAAUGAUAAAUAUUUUAGCAGAAAUCAGGAAUCUUCAGGCUUUUCUCCUGCUGUGCAGUUUACUGUGUGCAGCUGGAGACGAGACGGUCACACUGCAGGAAGUGGAAGGAACCACUAUAACUCUCCAUACUGGGAUAACUGGAAUUCAGAGUGAUGCUCGGAUUCUGUGGUUUUAUGGACCUGAGAAAGCAGAGGAAAAGAUAUUGUUUAGUCAGGUGUUUAAAGGAGAAACUGUUACAGAAAUCAGUGAGAGAUUUAAAGAGCGACUGCAGCUGGACAGAAUCAGUGGAGCUUUAACCAUCAGGAACAUCAGCAGAAACCAUUCUGGAGUUUAUUUAUUACAGGUCAUCACUGGACGUCUCUCAUCUAGGACUUUCAGUGUCAGAGUUUAUGCUCCAGUAUCGACUCCAGUAAUAAUAAAAAGAGAAAAUCGAAGUGUGGUUUCCACAGAGCCGUGUUCCCCCCUGUGCACUGUGGAGAAUGGAGAAGAUGUGAUGUUAUCCUGGUACAGAGAGAACGAGAGAAUCUCCAUCACCAAUAACACAGAUCUCAGUGUUCCCCUCAAUCUCCCACUUCAAAUACAACACCAUGAUAAUAACACCAACACUUAUAUCUGUGUGUCUGCAAACCCUGUCAGUAAUAAAUCAUCUUCUCUCAACAUCACACAACUCGCGUGGUCCACACAGGCCGAUGAGCAGCGCUCCGAGUGGAGCAGUGAUGAGGAUGGAGAGAACGGCCACGCUCAGCACGUCCAUACCAAAACGCUGACACUCCUCAUCCUGCUUCACACGCGCCGUGUCCAGAGCCCUAACAGUAAUGGAAGGUUGUGUAGAGCAGCUCCAGAAGUGAUGCGUUCUUCACUGACACUGAUGUUCCAGAACAGCAGAAAAAUGGUACUGAAUAUUUCAGCAGGGAUCAGGAGUCUUCAGGCGCGUCUUUUCCUUUUGUCCUGUUUACUGUGUGCAGCUGGAGACGAGACGGUCACACUGCAGGAAGUGGAAGGAACCACUAUAACGCUCUAUACUGGGAUAACUGGAAUUCAGAGUGACGCUCAGAUUCUGUGGUUUUAUGGACCUGAGAAAGCAGAGGAAAAGAUAAUGCACAGUCAGGUGUUUAAAGGAGAAACUGUUACAGAAAUCAGUGAGAGAUUUAAAGAGCGACUGCAGCUGGACAGAAUCAGUGGAGCUUUAACCAUCAGGAACAUCAGCAGAAACCAUUCUGGAGUUUAUUUAUUACAGGUCAUCACUGGACGCGUCUCAUCUAGGACUUUCAGUGUCAGAGUUUAUGCUCCAGUAUCGACUCCAGUAAUAAUAAAAAGAGAAAGUCGAAGUGUGGUUUCCACAGAGGCGUGUUCCCCCCUGUGCACUGUGGAGAAUGGAGAAGAUGUGACGUUAUCCUGGUACAGAGAGAACGAGAGAAUCUCCAUCACCAAUAACACAGAUCUCAGUGUUCCCCUCAAUCUCUCACUUCAAAUACAACACCAUGAUAAUAACACCAACACUUAUAUCUGUGUGUCUGCAAACCCUGCCAGUAAUAAAUCAUCUUCUCUCAACAUCACACAGCUCUGUGAUCAUCUCUCAGGACAAACUGAUCGUUCCCGUUCACUGCUUCCUGCCGUGAUAUCUGCUGGAGGUUUUGUGUUAUUAAUAAUAUGUGUAACGUUGUGGAUUUGUCUGAAAAAGAAAAAGCAGCAAGUUUCUGAGAAACCUGAAGUGACUCAUGCUGAUGUGAAUGUUACAGCUCACAGUGCAGAGAGAGUUAAAGAGGAAGAAAAACCCGGAAUAACGCAGGUUGAAGCGGAGACUGAUCCAGUGGUGUAUGCAGAUGUGAGGAGAUAAGUCAACAUCUGUAUAUCCUUUUUAUUAUUUUAAUGAGUUUUAUUUUUUUAAUUGAACAUACUUCUGUUCACAAUUGGUGAGGGGAUCCAGAUAAUUCCAUGCAUCAAUAUAUCCUCUUUUGAUUAGUAAUAAUAUGUAAUUAUUUAAAAAAUAUAGUAAUAAUAAUAACUGUAGUAGUAAUAAUAAUAAUAAUAAUAAUAAUAAUAAUAAUAAUAAUAAUAAUAAUGAGGACACCUGAAACUGAGACGUGAAGCCAGCCGCGUCUUUUUGAAACCGCUGCUCAUGCUGUGUCUCGGGGCGGAGUAACGCACUCAGAGAAACUCACUGUCUGCCGUCUUUGCAUGCAUGAGCUCAAAGACACCCAUGAUUGGCUAGUGUUGCUGUGGAUGACAGGGGAUAGGCCCGGUUGUCUCACACUCCCACCGGCUGCACUCACACUGCACUUUGCGUUCCAGGCCUGAGCACGCUUAACGCCAUUAUGAUGCGGCUUUUUGUUUUGAAGGAAACUAUUACAAUGGAGUCCAUCAUAGUAACGCUACUUAUCUUAUAACAUACUUUUUUAGGUUAGAUUUUACUUGACAAUUGAAUGAUUAUUUUUUUGACUGUUGGUACGUCUUCUUAUUGUUUAUGAUUUGUAUGUAUAAGAUUUUUACGGAGGCAGCUGACGGCGGCAUGUUUCGAGUUUCGUGCUCAGCCACGGUUAGUGAUGACACUAGAUGCGUAUCAUGCCUGAGUCCAAUUGAGCCAUGCCUGAGCCCACCUCUACAAGCACGGUAUGGAGCAAUCACACUAGUCAAAUGAACUGGCUUUUGGGGGUCAAACGGGUGCGGCAUCGUCAGCUUUCAAACACAGAACAUACUGUUUUAUGGAUGCUAACUCACACCCACUACAUCACACACUAACUAAACACAAACACCUCCAGCAACAGACUGAAACGUCUGCAUUGUACUAAGGAGUAGGGUUGCACGAUAUACCGGUACUACGAUAGUAUCGCAAUACUAAAGCUUCAAAAUACUGCUGAUGAUACUGUACUUUUUAAACAGUAGUUUUGUCAAUACAGUAGUACCGUAAGUAAUGUAUGUGCAGCAGUUAAUAGUAUUUUUGCUAAAAUGAUACAUCUCACUGCUUUUGCAGAAUACACAAGUUAGUAAUGCUUCAUGUAACCUAAAUCUUUAAUGAUUUUCUGUUUGCUAAUAAGCGAGCUAACAUCACGCUAACCGCUGUGUGAAAAUACUAUAUUAGCUGAACCGAGCUAAUGCUAUGCUAAACGUUUUGUGUAAAUACUAAAAUUAGCUGUGUUUGCUAGUAAGCAAGCUAAUGUUCCCAAUUUAUUUAAUUUUUUUUUUUUGGAGUUAAUUUCCAAAUUUAGUUAUUUAUUCCUGAUUUUGUGUUCAUUCUUGGUUCUCUGAGGACAAUUCCCACUUGAUUUCAUUGUUCAAGGGAACAGUAGAUGAAAUAAGUUGCACAUUGAAUUAAUCGCCAAUCGUAAGCUUGUUCUCGAGUUUUUCCAGCAGCCAGUUAUUCAUUCUCAUUAAUAACGUAUUCGGAGGAAAAUUCAGUUUACCUGUAUUCAUUUAUAUUUAUGUAUUUCUGUAAAUUUGGUUCAUUUUAAAGAUUUGAAUUAUGACUUAACACAAUAUUGUGUGGUAUCACGAUACUUCAGCUGGUAUAGUAUUGUUUAUGGUAUUGUGAGAACCCUACUAAGGAGUGUCUUGUUUACCAGAAUUGAGACUCUAGAGUAUUCUUACCUACAGCAAUCCUGACCACCCCAUUGUCCAGACAGAACCAGGACUAGAACCUUGUUGGUGGUGGGGGUGUUAUUAUUGUUGUUUUUGAUGAUGUUAAUGAUGAUGUUGGUGAUGCUGUAAUUGUUGUUGUUGUUGUUGUUGUUGUUGUUGUUGUUAUUAUUAUUAUUAUUAUUAUUAUUAUUAUUAUUAAUUGAUUGAAACCUUUUAAUAUUUCUUGAAUAUUUGAACAUUUUGUUUAAAUAAACAUCAUAUUUAAAUAUA